UUUUUUGGGGGAAAUAAUUGAUAGCUUACUUGACAUCACCUUCAUUUUUUAUUUUUAUUUUUAUUUUUAUUUAUUUAUUUAUUUAUUUUUACACUUAUCCAAACCUGAAUGUGUAUGAUACGGGCAGUUGAAAACAUAGUCCAACAAAAAUGUUAAGGCUAACUUAAUCUUAUAUUCCAAUUCAGUCCAUGUAAGGUCAGCCGCGAAAUCCGACAGGUCGGAGAGAGAAACUCAGCGAGAGAUAGAGAGAAAGAGUUGCAGGAGGAGACACUUACUUCUGGGUGAGUUCCAACUGGUGGGUUUUGAUUGGAGGAGGGAAUGGUGGGCUCGUCGGAAGGACACAGUGUUCAUCAUCAUCAUCUGAUGGAUGAUGGUAAUGGUGGUGAUGUGGAGGGUUUGGAGCAGCCUCCGUCUUCUGGUUCUUGGGGGGUUUCAUGCUCGAUUUGUUUUGAUUUGGUUUCCUAUAAUGGAGGCAGAUCGAGGGCUAAGCUGCAAUGCGGCCAUGAGUUCCAUCUGGAUUGCAUUGGUUCAGCAUUUAAUGUGAAGGGAGUGAUGCAGUGUCCAAAUUGCCGGAAAGUUGAGAAAGGCCAAUGGUUAUAUGCAAAUGGGUCUACCCAAUCAUUUCCUGAGAGCUUAGAUGACUGGAUCCCUGAUGAGGAUCCAUAUGACCUAAGUUAUACUGAAAUGCCAUUUAGAAUUCACUGGUGUCCGUUUGGUGAAUUGGCACAAAUUCAUUCAUCUUUUGAGGAAGUGGAAUCGCCACCGACCACAUAUCCUAACCUGCAGGGUCAUCAUGCCAUGUUUGCAGAUCAGAGUACUGCACCAUCUGUUCCUCAAUCAUAUGUUACAUACUUAAGACCAGUUCCACUUGCAUCAUCGAGAUCUAACGAUAAUGUUGAUAAUCCUAACUUAAAUAAUCCUUGGAAUGGCUUAACUGGACAAAAUGAGAUAUUUAACCCCCAGACUUUUCCUUCUAUUAGUAUCCAAUACCAAAGUUGGGGUCACCAUUCCCCUCCUGUUUCUCUAUCCGCCAUUCAUAUUAACAAUGCAAAUCCAGCUUCAAAUCCAUCGGCAGCAAUGAGACCUGGUGAAUCUGAUGCUGUAGAAAGGUCCAGAUCACAUCUAAUUCGUUUUGGUCAUGGGUCUGCUCCUAGAGUGGGGAGCUCAUUUGUGAUGUCUGUGGUUCCUCAACCUCCAGACACCAUUGCCAGACCUCAUGAUAGGAUGCAAGCAUUCCAUCAUCAUCAACAACAACAUCGCGUAGCACCUGGUGUGCCAUCGCCAAUCAUUCCUAGUGUCAGGAGAUUCGAGGGUCCUGCUGUUUUGCCGUCUAUGGUUUCAGCACCUCCACAGCCUGAUGUUAAUGCCGGUUUUUAUAUGUAUCCUCCUGCACGUUCAUCAGAAAUGAACUUACAUGAAGCAGAGAAUCCUUUUCCAAGCCAGUUCCAUGCAUGGAGAAGGGAGCGUCCAUCUCAUUUUCCCACUGUACAGGUGGACUGGGACUCAUCAGGUUGGGGUUCAUCUCGUCAUACUAAUACUGGGUCUGAUUCUGCAAACAGGCAUAGCAACUUAUGGCAUAGAUCAUGGUCUUAGAAUAAUGGUUAUCAUACUAUCCCUUUGUAAACGAUUAUCAAUCCAAUCCAUCCUGCUUUGCUGGAAACUCGUACGAAUUUGUAUGAUUGGAACGAAGUGUUAUAUAUGGAUGUUCUUGUAUGUAAAUUUUCUUUAGUUUUCCUGUUAAAACAAUCAGGUGGUAGGUAAAUGGACCCAUACCAGACUGUUUUAUCCCUUAUCCACCCACAGAAUUCAAUAUUUGGAUUGUCAUCA